ACCGUGUGCCAUGUACAAAGCAUGGCUGCUAUUGCUGGCAGUGAUAAGGGUCCACUGCAAAUGGUGUGAUGCUGAGCAGAACAAUCAGUGCAUCAUCAAUGCUUCGAAACAUGCUCCUCCUGAGAACGUUGAGUUGUCCUACCCUGGCAAUGUGUUGAUCACCAAAGGUUGCCAGAUCACCUCCGACUCAACUUUGCGUAUCGAUGCUGUGGGCACUGUGACGGUGGAGCAGGGCUCAGUGCUCACCACUAGAGGAGCUUUGACCAUCAACGGCAGUAGCAUUUUCAUCCAUCAAAGUAGCUUGACCGCCUCUGGUCCCAUCACCUUCAUCGGUACCGUGGGGCUUGGAGGCCAGAGGCCUUUGAUCCAUUCGGAUUCUGGAAAUGUCUCCUUGGGCCUUGAAAUGAUCGAUUCAAGCAUCCAAGGUCAGGGCAUAGAGGUGAACUGCAACAAGAGCUGGAUGAACUUCCAAGGCAGCAGCUCGCUGCAGGUCACAGAUCACAGCAAGCAGCUGGAAAUCUCUGCAGCGCGCUUCACCGCGACCAAUAGCAAGGCGCAGCUCGUGGCCAGAAACAUCCGAAUCGCCUCGGCAGGGGAUCUGCAGUUGGAAGCUUACGUUCCUGGUAUCAGCACCAAGGAGCAAGUGAUUCCGACGGUCCUGGACCUCACAGCUCAAGGCGACAUGAGCCUGGGAAAUCGCAGUGUGACCUGGAGUCUUUCCAGGCUGAAUGCUUCGGCCAAAAACUUGAUGGUGGUGCAGAAGGGCCAAGUGCGGGUGCAGGAGUACAACACCUGCAAAAACACAGGAGGAAGUCGCCUGGAAGACAAAUGUCAAACGUUGCUCUCCUCCUGGGGCUCCACGGGCUCGACCUGGCCGCCCAGCUCGGACGAUGGCAACGUCUCCUUCGACCUGGUCUUGAUGGCAAAAAAUCAGUUGACCAUCUCGGGAGAUGCCAAUCUGCAGGCAUCAUCUGCUCUCCUGUGCAGUGGGCAGCAGGUGGCCCUCAACGACCACUGCGUGGUGGACGUCUCGGGCGCUGGCUGCCCAGCGGCUUCCAUGACGUCGCCGCAGCGCGCCGGCGGCGUGGCGUUGCCGGGCCCGCAGGGUGCCCCGUGGCUGGCAGGGGGUGGCACCCACGUGGGCCGUGGGGGUUAUGCACUCUGGUCCGACGAGACGGGUGCGCACGUGAACCGGGAAACCAUUCCCUUAGACGCGCAGUAUGACAGAUACAAUGAGACCAGAGAUGUUUUGCCAACGCAAGGGGCCUCGGGUGGGGCCACAGGCAUCCCACAUGGCACUGGUCCACCCAUUUGGUCCGGACAUUCCUCAGGCGGCGGCAUGAUUUGGCUCAGUGGCCUCUCAGGGAUCACCUUUGGUGCAGCUGUGCGCUUGGAUGCCAGCGGCAGGGAUGGGGCAGCCGGCAAGGACAAGAGCAAUCACUUCGCGUCGGGUGGUGGUUCGGGUGGUCAGAUCUUGAUCUUUUCAGGACCCUCCUUGAAAGCUCCUGAUGAUCAACUGCCUACUCUCAAAGCCUCAGGUGGCAACGGUGCUUGCACUUCACAUAGCAACCUGUGGGUCGUGAGUGGAGCCGGCGGCGGCGGAUUUGUCGGGUUCAACUGGAGCAAACCCAGUGGUGACAGGUUGCUUCGGCCCAACUUCAACAUUUUGAUCGGCGGCGGUGCUCUGGGCUCCGAUGAAACGGGACACGGCUGCAACCUGAUUCCGGGCCGCGAGAUGUUGGAGGCUACCUUUGGCCGAGUGGGGCAGAAUAUGUCCAUCACGGCAUGUGCUGGUGGUCAUGCAGGCGUUUUUUGUGACCUCUGCGACAAAGACAGCUGGAGCGAUGGUGUUGGCAUGUGCCAACCCUGCAAUCCCAUCCCCUUGAGGGCCUUCCAUCCCAACAGCACCACGGGGUGGUCGACAGCGGAUUGUCCCUACAGCUGUUCGGUGGGUGUGCCCAAUGUGGCCAGCAACAAAAAUUGCCUGGAUCCCUUGGACUAUGCACUGACCUUUUUCGGAGGAUGGAAGGGCGUUCUGGGGAUUGCCUGUGCCAUCGUGGGAACGGCCCUACUGUUGCUGUGGCGAAGGCGGAAGGCGAAUCUGGCGACGAACGGCUCCAGACCUUUGUUGGAGGAUCUGUCCGGCUCGACUGUAUCGACUUGGUCGCGCCGGGUCUGUGCCUCCAACGGCAGCCGGGGGGCCAUGGAAUUUCAGAUCAACCGGGACAACUUGCCAUUUCAUGUUUGUCGUGUCUAUUUGAUGGGCGACAACACCCGUUUGGCGCCCUGGUUCUUGCCGCAGACGGUGCCUGCGGGGCUGGAGGAGAUGGUUCUGGAGCAUCGCUGGCAGCAGCUGUCCACGGAAGUGAAGAAGGCCACGGAGGUGAGUCGGGUGUCGGGUCAUCUGAUUAGCGCCUUGCGGCACCUCUAUCCCCCACUGGCGCCGCUGGUGGCGCGCUGGCAGCGCUUGCGGCGAGCCAGGAAGGUGCAGAAGGUACUGAUGGAGUUCUGCGACAGCGAACGGCUGUGGACCUGGAUUCGGGAGCCAGGGAAGGAAUUGGUGCUGCGCUUCGGCUGCGACGCCAAGGCGACCUUGGCCCAUUUCGAUGUCUUGGACUUCGCACGAUCGCGCUUGGACUGGGCGCCAGUGAACCUGCUGAAAGAUGCCUGGCUCAUUCCUGUACAGGGCCAGGGCACAUUUUCCGACCCUUUCGAGGUUGACAUCAGUGACCCGGUGCUGCAACUCUUGGAGCACACGGACUUCGGUGCCACGGCCGUCCUGUCGGUGAUCUCCACCUUCAACCGCGCCGCGCGGAAGAUUCAACAGGACGACUUGCGUAAAGAUGAAGACGACUCACUGCAACAGCUGCAUGAAACCGUGGAACAAUGCGCGUCCCAGUGCGGGCUCGCUGGGUGUGUACAAGCCUGCGUCAUCUCUAUAAACCGACGAGGGCGACCGAGCCGGCCUGCUGCGGCUCCGGCGGCAUCGCCCACGGGCAGCGUGGCGAGUCCAACGCAGAGCCCACAGGGCGAUGUGACGUCGGAGAACAGUUUCAUGGACCUGGUGGAGCAGGGGCAAAGCAAUGCCAACGCCUCCCUUCGGUCAAGGAGGACCAAAAGAAGUGAACUUCGACUGUGCUUAGUUUUCACUCAAUUCUCAACCCUUGCGAGUCUGGCAGAGUCAGUGAGCUCGGCAGAGUCGACGCCGGCCAAGGCGCAAGCAUUGACCACUCCCAUGAGUCUCCAGGCCUUCAAUGAAUUGCUACGCCAUUCCGCCAGCAACAUAGGCGAAGACACGGCGGCUCAAAGUGAAACCAACUGCAACAAUCGAGGAUUGCAGAGGUUGCUGCUAAAAUGGGGGAAAGGUUCAGAAGGGGCUGCGGCAAGAACCUUGGUGUCCUUGACAUGUCUUCUGGCCUUUGAUCUGAUGGUCUUCAGCCUGGUCUUCUGGAUCCUCUUCAAGACCAGCGCUGCAGCAGGGCUGGUCUGGUUUCUUCUGCCACCAUUGGCCCAACCUUUGGCGCUCAUCGUUGGCUUGCUCUUCCUGAUUACUGAGGAUCCGGAUCUGGGUCGGCUUUUUGCCAAUCUGGAGCUCUUCGGCAUGUGGAAUGCCAUCUUCGCCCUGCUGGUGCUGCUCUUCUCGAUUCUUUUGGAUUCCUUCUUGUUCGACAUUGUCGCCAUGGCCGUGGCCAUCUGUGUGAAGGCUAUGCUCUUUAUGUCAGCAGCAGCCCAUGUGGCGCAGAUCGAAGCAAGCAAGGACUUGAGCUUCAUCAGCGCACCUCAAGGAGACUUUGUGGCAGGUUUCUUCGCCCCAUCCUCACGACGAAGCCAGGCCUCCAGUGCGCCUGGUCUCCACGAUAGCGAUCUUCAUGUGAAAACCCCUCCGGAGUCGUCCCUCUACAUGUUCGAUGCCAUCGCUCCGGGACGAGACUCCUCAGCCGUUACGCGCACGAACAGCUUCCCCCCGCUCACCCGAAGUUCUUCAAGGUCUGCGGCGAGUCCGCCAGCGAGUUCUUCAAGGAUUGCCAUACAGUCUCCAUCGCCCUUCUGAACGCAGCUGAUUGGGCUGCCGCACAGGCGACGCGAAGCUGUCCCAAAGAUGGCAGUGACGCAGGGCGUAGGGCGUAGGGCUGUUGUGGGGCAGCAGCAAAUCCCAUGAAAUCCCG